AUGGCAAUGCAGUAUAGCAACUUCCAGCACUUAGAGAGCGAGGAGAAAAACCAGGAGCUGAGAAAUGGACCACCUCCUCCCCAGAACUUGCUGCGGAGUCUCUGUGCCGGGCCCCGCCUCCUCCUGCUCUCCGUGGGCCUCAGCCUCCUGCUGCUGGUUGUCAUCUGUGUGGUCGGAUCCCAAAAUUCCAAGUUUCAGAGGGAUCUGGUGACCCUGAGAACAAAUUUCAGCAACUUCACCUCAAAGACUGUGGCUGAGGUCCAGGCACUGACUUCCCGGGGAGGCAGCCUGCAAGAAACGAUAACAUCUCUGAAAGUCGAAGUGGAGGAUCACAAGCAGGAACUGCAAGCAGUCCGUAGCUUGAACGACAAGGUGCUUUCUCUGCAAAGCAAGCUGGAGAAACAGGAGCAGGAAGUCAAGGCAGAUCAUUCAGAAAUGCUCCUGUGGGUCCAGCAGCUGGUGAAGGGCUUGAACUCCCUGACUUGCCAGAUGGCCGUUCUCCAGGGCAAUGGCUCCGAAAGGACCUGCUGCCCGGUUAACUGGGUGGAGCACGAGGGCAGCUGCUACUGGUUCUCUCACUCCAUGAAGUCCUGGCCCGAGGCUGAGAGGUACUGCCAGCUGGAGAACGCCCACCUGGUGGUCAUCAACUCCAGAGAGGAGCAGAAUUUUGUCCAGGAACAAACAGGCCCCUUCUAUGCCUGGAUAGGCCUCAGCGACCCUGAAGGAACCUGGAAAUGGGUGGAUGGAACAAACUAUGAGACCAACUUCCAGAACUGGAAGCCAGGCCAGCCAGAUGACUGGCAUGGGCACAGGCUGGGUGGAGGUGAGGACUGUGCUCAUGUCCUCUCCAAUGGCAUGUGGAAUGACAACGUCUGCCAGGAGCCCUACCACUGGGUCUGUGAGGCUGGCCUGAGCAAGGUCACCUAGGAGAGUCACUGAGCUUCUUCUGGUUAGACCGCUGGGUCACAGAAAUGGCAGUGGGGAGGGGGAUUCUUCCCCAGAGACCUCCUAACAAGACCUCUCUGGGAGAGGAAUAA